GAGGUACAACGCAUCUCCAAACUGCUCGACAUCACACAAAGCGUGCUUCAGGAUCUGGUCGAUGCCAUCGACGGCAAGAUCAUCAUGAAUGAGGGCCUGCGCGAAGCGAUGGAUUCGAUAUACUUUGCCAAGGUGCCGCCCAUCUGGCACAGGGCCUCAUGGGAUUCAACGACCCUGGGUUUCUGGUUCAAGGAAUUGACCGACAGGAACCACCAACUCUCGAACUGGCUGUACACAGGCCAACCCAAGUCCUUCUGGUUCCCUGGUUUCUUCAAUCCUCUGGGUCUUCUCACAGCGUUGCGGCAGGAGGCGAGUCGUUCUCACAUCGGUUGGUCUCUGGAGUUCGUCAGUCUGGACGUCACGGUGACCAGGUUCUCCCACGAGGAUGCUCCAGACGUCGCCACCGGCGGCCCCAAAGAGAACAUCUACAUCCACGGACUGUUCAUCCAGGCGGCGUCGUGGGACAAACGCGGUGGUCGCAUUGUCGAGGCCAGGCCCAAGCAACUCUUCGACGUCAUGCCGGUAAUCAGCGUGACCGCAAAGUACGACCUCACGCUGGAGGAACUGAGGCAGCAGCAUCAGCUAACCGCAGAACAGAAUGCCAUUUUGAGCAGUCAGAAGAAUAACUCGGCUUUGAUCAAGUAUGGAUCGAUACGAUCGUCCGGCUUGUCUACUGAUCGAUCGCCAUCGCCGCAGGAAAUGUACGGCCUGGCUGAAGACCGACUGAGCGUUCCCAUCUACAAGAAGGUUCAACGCACGUCGCAUCACUUCAUCACGAAGUUCAAGAUACCGUGUUCGAAAACCGCCGAUCACUGGAAAAUGCGCGGCGUUGCACUCCUCUGCGAUGUUCAUUAA